UUGAUUUUCAAAAUCCUACCAGUUUUUGGGUCAAUGGACCAAAGGGAAGUAUGUGAUUGUGACAAAAUAACCUUUCAACAUGUAAAAAGUUCAUUGCAUUUAUCUGUCAAUUCACAAGGGCAAAGAAAUAACCGGCAUUUUGAUUUUACUCUGACUGAAGAUGAUUUAGAGUUGGAAAGCCAAUUUAAACUGUUACAGCUUGAGAAGUUUUAUUGCUACUAUGCCAUUGGAUUCAGCUCAUUCUUGUGUGAUUCCUACAUAAUGUUGCACUAUGAUGACAGAAAUUUAGUAGCCAUUAUUAAAAAAGAAAUAAAAGAAAAGAUGACUGAGUUGGAGAAACUUUGUAAAACAAAAGGGUUUAUAAGGAUGCUUCAGUGUUUGACUAUUUUUAUAAAUGAAAAAGAAACAUCACAUGCUAAAUUUGGGAAAACUAGACUUUGCAUUGAAAGGAAGACUACUUGUGUACAAAAUGAAGAGGAGUCCACUGAUACAGCAAAUGAUGCAGAAGGUGAUGAAGCAGAUGAUGCAGCUAUUGAUUUGCAUAUUCAAAAGGAAACAUAUAGAGCAUCAUUGGAACAGCCUGAAAAUAUGGAAUGGACUCUACCUGUUCCUAUUCAAGAGUUUUUUAGUAACUUACCAAUUGCUGAUGCUACAACAUUUUUAAUGAAAAGUGAUACAAUAGAUGAUAACAGAAUUAAAAUGAUAAUAAUGAGUUGUCUAAAAGGUUAUAUUGACAAAAAUUAUGUUAUUGACUUGGAGAAUACUGGUCGUGGAUUUGCUAUUAAUGCCACUCUAGUUUUUCGCUUGUUAUUUUUGCUUCACUUGCUUUUCAUAAAGUAUGUGUACAUUUCUACAAAAGAGAGAAAUACUGAAAACAAUAGUCCCCCUUCAAACAAUGGAUCAAGGUUACUUGACAUGAUUUUAAAUUCAAUAAAAGAUAAAUUUUAGAAAAUUGCAAAUUUAUUGAUGUUUUGUUUAUUGUUACU